CAUUUCUAGUGGACUUAAAGUGAAAGAUAAACGCUUCUGCAGCUGCAUGCAACAAAUGAGGAAUAAAUACAGUUAUUCUCAGUUUUGUCAUUAGUUGGAAAGUUUUUCAGUUCUUCAGGCUGAUGAAAACAGCUCAGGAUGCCUGAAGGGAUAUGGGCCUGGACUUUGGUGCUUGUUCUGCAUUGCUGUAGUGUUCUGAGCCAACACUCCAUCCUGGCAAAAUGCAAUGAAGACAUAAGUUUGCCGUGCAGUGUCAGUGAGCAGGGUGGCACUUAUCGCUAUAUGGUGUGGUACAGGAACGACACUGCCAUCAUUAAAAAGAAGCUCAAUGAUGUGACAUUUUAUAAUAAGUCCUCUCCUGCAUCUCUGGGAGUUCGAGAUACACUGGUGUUACAGAAUGUGCAGACCUCUGACUCUGGAUAUUACCAGUGUUUCUUGGCUGCAGACGUUGGCCAAAGAGACAGGCAGUCGGAUGUCUCACUCACAGUUUCAGGGUGUGCAACGGUCAGCCCGACUAUUGGUCAUCGCAAUCUGGAGAGCGACUGCGACCUCCCACAACAUUGCAAGAUAAAUGCUGUUGAAAUGACAGAAAUUCCAUCUCUUUUACAAGUGGCAUUGUGAUAGAUCAACCAUUGAUCUACAUAUUUAAUGGCACCCCAGAUGGGACUUCAUAGGGGCUAGCGUGAUCUGCGUCCGGAACCAGGACCACUCUCAGAAGGGUUACAGAGGCCGGCCAUAAUAUUAAGGUAAGCAGACGCCUGUUAUAUUCAAAAGUCUGUGUAUAGUGAAUCCGUGGCCUGAAAAGGGAGGGGUGGCCUUGGGAGACGGACAGCUGCCCUUGAAGUCAAGAACUCCUAAGGGUGAAAUAAAAGAACUGGAUGAGAGGGAACAAAGGGAAAAUAGAUAAGGUUGUUUUGAUUUGUGACUGUGUGUGUGUGAGAGACACACACACAGAGAAAGAGAGACAGUGUGGGUGAAGUUGUGUGUGCUUGUGGGUGCGUAUGCGCGCGUGUGCGGGUGCAUGCGCGUGUCCAUGGGCGAAGGUGUGUGUCAAAUUCUUCUGGCCAGAUGAAGGAGGCAGCCGCGCGCUCACACACAAACAAACGCACAGAGACACAGAGAGACUCCUCAGAGCUGCAUGCAACAAAUGAGAAAUAAAUAAAGUUAUUCUCAGUUUUGUUAUUAGAUGGAAACUUUUUCAGUUCUUCAGGCUGAUGAAAACAGCUCAGGAUGCCUGAAGGGAUAUGGGCCUGGACUUUGGUGCUUGUUCUGCAUUGCUGUAGUGUUCUGAGUCAACACUCCAUCCUGGCAAAAUGCAAUGAAGACAUAAGUUUGCCGUGCAGUGUCAGUGAGCAGGGUGGCACUUAUCGCUAUAUGGUGUGGUACAGGAACGACACUGCCAUCAUUAAAAAGAAGCUCAAUGAUGUGACAUUUUAUAAUAAGUCCUCUCCUGCAUCUCUGGGAGUUCGAGAUACACUGGUGUUACAGAAUGUGCAGACCUCUGACUCUGGAUAUUACCAGUGUUUCUUGGCUGCAGACGUUGGCCAAAGAGACAGGCAGUCGGAUGUCUCACUCACAGUUUCAGAGUGUGUAACUGUCAGGCCAACCUGGAUUUCUACUGAAGAUCAGUGCACUCUUGAUGUAGUGGAAGUUUCUAUUAUGUGGUCUCUGCUUGGUUUUACUUUAAUCAGCAUUUCUAAAGUUAUCCUCUGCACCAUCAUUGUCAUAGUUUGCAAAAAGCAGAAAAAACCUGAGAUGAGAAACAGAAGCAGGAGACAAAGUUACAACUGUCACAAAGACCGGGACAAACGAUACUUCUGAGUUUGUUAAAGGGCAGCUUCCUGUUCUGUUUUCACUUUGUUGCUGGUGAUAGACAGGGUCACACGGUGCUUCUGCUUAUUCCUCACCUACUUUCUUUCCACAUUGGCUUAUCUACUACUAACCAGAAGGGGUGAAAGUUAACGCAUGCUUCCUCUCAGAUAGGAAAAGCUAGCCAAACAUAUAUUUUCAUAAUACUGAUUAUGUUGCAUCACAGGGCAGUGUGACACACACACACACACACAGAAAAGCACUACCUGCCCUGAUCUGCAUACAUGGGGAACUCCUAACCCUAAGGUUGUUGGUUCGAGUCUCGGGCUGGCAAUUCCACAACUGAGGUGCAAACUGCUCCCCGGGCGCCUCAGCAUAAAUGGCCGCCCACUGCUCCGGGUGUGUGUUCAUGGUGUGUGUGUGUGUGUUCACUGCUGUGUGUACGCACUUUGGAUGGGUUAAAUGCAGAGAGCGAAUUCAGAGUAUGGGUCACCAUACUUAGCUGUAUGUCACAUCACUUUCAUGAGCUCACUGAUGCCUCUUAGGUAUUAGGCUGUACUUCUUUGAGCAUACAGGCAGAAAGUUUUAUUUUUAGAGCUGAUACAGUUGUUAACUAAUAGGAAUGUUUCAAGACCUGUAUAACUUGAAUACUGCUAUUACAAAUAUAGCUAUACAGGUCUUGAAAUGUUGCUUAACAAAUAAGAACAAUCAUAAUGCAAUGCAUGAAUGUAGCAAUCUGAAUAGAAAUAACCACAAUAAUCCUCUACUGUAAUGUAUAUUUUAUUAAAUAUUUGUCAGGUGCUUUGGGUAGAUAUCAAUAGAAUUUAUGGGAAGAGGUGAAAGGUUGAUAGGACUAGCGAUAAGUAAAAACAUAGUUUUCGACCUUUUUCAUUAAAUUCGAAUAAAAAAACAGUUUAUAGGCUGGUUCCUGAUGAGUUGCUGGCAACUUAUACAAACACCAUGUAAUGCCACAGCACACUGUGAGUCACUUUCAGGUACGUUUCUGUUUCUAUACUGUGCAAAUGUCAACACGCCCUUCCAGAUGAAAGUGACAUAAUUGCUUGCAAACAACAAAAAUGAAAAAGAAAAACUUGUGCUACAGUAAAAUAGCCACACACAAUGAGAGCGUUCUUUUUGCCCUCUUCAUGUUUCACUCAUUCUUUCAGCUGUGUGAUGUUUGAGAUGUUUCUAAAUGAUUCUCUGGACAGUGGAAUGGCUAAUUACAAAUUCUUAUGAGAUUUUUUUAAAUAUCCUUUACCAGACUAAUAAGCAUCAACAAUCUUCUUUCUGAAGGCCUCAGAGAGCUCUUUGGAUCUCACCAAAGUGAAACCUGUCACCCCAACAAUUAAAAGCUAAAUCGAAAUAUCUAAAUAACUAAAUACUGUAUCUGAGGUUUAAAUAAGGCUUGUAGGUAAUUUUAUCCAUUUUAAGUACAAAUAAAUUAUUUUUAUUAAAUUACAUUUAAUAGAGCAUUAAAAAAAAAGAUCAUUCAGUUUUAUUUGUUUAGUUAUAUUACUUGAAUUGUCCAAUAUUGGUGAAAUGAUCAAAUCCCCAUAUGUUUAACUAUUAAAAACACCCACAGGAUUUCAUGGGGUGUCAUACUUUUUUCACAUGAAUGUAUAUACAGUACAGUGGUGUGAAAAAGUGUUGGCUGAUUUUUUUAUUUUUUUUGCAUGUUUGUCACACUUUACUGUUUCAGAUUAUCAAACACAUCUAAAUAUUAGUCAAAGACAACACAAGUAAACACAACGUGCAGUUUUUAAAUGACAUUUUUUAGUAUUAAGGGAAAACAAAAUCCAAACUCACAUGGCCAUGUGUAAAAAAGUGUUCGGAUGUAGGUAGGUUCGGAUGUAGGUCGGUUCAGAUUUUGUUUUUUUACCUUAAUAAAAAAACCUUCAUUCAAAAAGUGCAUGUUGUGUUUACUUGUAUUGUCUUUGUAUAUAUAUUUUUUAUCUUUCUAAUAUUUAUAUUUCUUUGAUGGUCUGAAACAUUAAAGUGUGACAAAUGUACAAAAAAUAAAGAAAUCGGGACGGGGCCAACACUUCACUUUCACACCACUCUCUCUGUGUGUGUGUGUGUGUGUGUGUGUGUGUGUGUGUGUGUGUGUGGUAUGUGUGCGUGUGCCUUGCAGUCACGUAUUUCAGGAUGUGUGAAUUCUUUGUUAUUUUGCAUCAGUGUUGUGGUUUUCAUGUUGAACAUACUGCAAGGUAUAAGGUAACUGCAUUAGAUUCCUGUGUGAAAAAAUGCAUGUAUGUGUGUGGUGCAUUUAGCAAGUAUAACAAAAUGUUUAGCACAACCUUUCUUUUUCACACAUUCUGAAAGCAAGGAUCACAGCAGUUUCAUGUACACUGAGUGUGGGAUUAAAAUAUACAACAAAUUGCUCUGUAAGGCACUAGAGCUAUAUAAAUAACUUUUAUUAGUUUUUACAUUUUUCAUUAUGCAUACAUCUCAAAUAUUCACUAUAAAGCAAAAACAUAAAGUCACUUGUAUCUGUAAAUAUUUAAUAAGAGUUAAUCAUAAAUUUUCUUGAAAUAAUUUGUGACGAUGAUAAAUAAGAUGAAAAUUAUUUGAGUCAUCCUCAGUUAGAUUGCAUACAGUAUGUCAUUUUCUGUUUUCAUUAUCAUUUCAUCUAUUGUUUUACUGAUAACUGUUAAUCAUGUAGUGUGAAUUCUACUGUAAAUAUAUGUUGAGAUGUUAUGUACCUUUUCCACACUUCUUGCCCUUGUUUAAAACAAAUACCUCGACAUAUAUUUUAAUAAAUUGUGACAAUGUG